GUUCUUUUCGGAAAUGCAAGCACCUCUUCCCCUUUCUCUCAGAAAAUGUGGAGAUAAUCAGUCCUCUUGAUUAGGUUCAAGAUGGACUCUGUCUUGUUUCCUUUCUGACCAUCACCUCAAACAAAAUGUCUCCAAAUUAUAUUCGUUGGGAUCAACCAGGCGUAGAGCACGGAGCUGGACCGGAAGAAGAAGCAGCGAUUGAUGAAUGCUGUAAAUUGAUCAACGAAUCACAAAGAAGAGUGUUUAACGAACAUCAACAUGCUUUUACAGGAACACAUGUCAAAACACAUGGUGUUGUAAAGGGUAACUUUGAAGUCUUGCCAAAUUUACCAGAGCAUCUCGCUCAAAGUUUCUUUGCCAAACCUGGCUCUCAUCCCGUUGCACUUCGAUUCAGUACAGAAACGACUGACUUAGUACCCGAUCAUCUACCUCAACCACGUGGAAUCGGAAUGAAAGUGUUUGACGUUGAUGGCGAAAAACUUCGAGAAGGUAUGCCAAAUCAUAAAACGCACGAUUUCGAAUUCAAUUCUGCUCCUGCUAUCGAGCUCGGAAAUGCAUUCAUUUGCAGAGAUAUUCUUAACUUACGCUUGAAGUAUACAGAUCCAAAAGAACAUCAACGUGAACUGAAAAAGCGUGAUGAUUAUGAAUGUCAAGAUGCAAGAAAUCAUCUUCCGACAACACCUCUUCUCAGUCAAAAACAAUAUUCACAAUCCGCUUAUCGUUAUGGUGAUUAUGUUGCAAAAUUCGCCAUCGUUCCAAGCAAAAAUGCUCCUCAAUUGACAAAGACGAACCAAGACAACAUUACAGAAAAGGAUGAUGGCGCAGUAGCCUAUCGUGAUCGAAUGGUCAAGUAUAUGAAAGAAGAAAAAGGUGAAACUCAAUUUGAUUUCCAAGUUCAAUUAUUGCAAAACCUUGAUGAUCAAUUAAUUGAAGAUUGUCGUACUGCUUGGCCAGAAGACAAAUACCCAUUCGAAACGGUCGCAAAGAUCACAAUUCCACCUCAAGAUCCAUUCUUACCCGAACGAAUCAACCUUUGGAGAAACAAUAUUCGUAUCAAUCCUUGGGAUGGUAGAAAGGACUUGAAACCAUUGGGAUCAAUCAAUCGUUUACGCAUCAAAGUGUAUUAUGCUUCUGCUGUUUUCCGUAGAAAGAUGAACGGAAACGUUCCUGAAGUGAAUGUUCAACAUAUCGAUGAAUUACCUGACAAAUAGUCUUCCCAAUAACGAACCAAUUGAUUCAUGAAAACCUUAACGACUAGUCUCUCUCUCUUCUUCUCUCUUCCCAUAACGAAUCAAAUAUGUAUGAAGAAAAUCUAAUUAAAAUUUAUACAUUGUCCACAUAUGU